AUGGUAGGCUCUUUCGGUCAUAAUAGACUUCUGAGGCAUCAUUUCCUACAACAUGGUUGCUAUGGUGCUGCUUAGAUGCGCUCAGAGCAAUGGGUCAGAAUGGGAAGGCUUUUUUCUCCCACUCUCAGGAACAAUCAGGGCAGUGGGGAAUAUGGAUGCUGAGGGCUUAAAAUCAUUCACAACUCUCUAAAAACUUCAAAUUCAGACUGCAAUGGCCCAUCCUAAGAGAUCCCCAUACACUAAGGCUACAAUGGAAGACUUAGCUGAUAAUUCAGUCCAUAGUGUCAAAAUGUUUGAGCCUCAGCACAGCGUGGAAAGGAAAGAAGAUAUGUAUUCACCCUCUAAGAGAUUGAAAAAACGUACAAGGAAAGCCUUUGGAAUACGAAAGAAAGAAAAGGACACUGAUUCCACGGGAUCACCAGACAGGGAUGGAACUCCACCCAGCCCUCAUCCUCAUGAACCACCCUCCAAUAGCAAACCAGAGUGUGCACAGGAAGGAGGAAAAACAGUUUCGAAGAGAACAAAUGGUGCUCCAAAUGGGUUUUAUUCAGAGAUUGACUGGGAAAGAUAUAAUUCACCUGAGCUUGAUGAAGAGGGCUACAGCAUCAGACCAGAAGAACCAGGCUCUACCAAAGGAAAGCACUUUUAUUCCUCAAGUGAAUCUGAAGAAGAAGAGGAGGCUCACAAGAAAUUCAACAUUAAGAUCAAGCCCUUACAGUCUAAAGACGUUCUUAAGAGUGCAGCAACUGUUGAUGAACUGAAAGCUUCUAUAGGCAACAUUGCACUUUCACCAUCUCCAGUGGGUACAAUUAAAAGGAAUCUAUCCAGUGAGGAGAUAGCAAGACCCAGGCGUUCAACACCAACCCCAGAGCUUCUAAGCAAAAAAGCCCCAGAAGAUCCUGCAGUUCUAGCACCACUCUUUGGUCCACCACUAGAGUCUGCAUUUGAGGAAGAAAAGCUGGAAGCUCCCCUAGAUCAACCUGAGGUAUGGGGUUCUGUGCAGUCAGAACAUCCAAGUGUAGAAUCUCCAAAUCCAUCACGACCUUUUCCAUCUGGAACACCUCCACCACUUCCACCUAAAAAUAUUCCAGCUACGCCUCCCCGCACUGGUUCUCCUUUAACUAUUGGAGUAGGAAAUGACCAGACAGCAACAGAGGUCAAAAGUGACAAACUACCAUCAAUCAAUGACUUGGACAACAUUUUUGGCCCAGUAUUAUCCCCCAAGUCUGUUGCUUCUAACGCGGAUGAUAAGUGGAUCAGUUUUUCUGAUCAGUCCCCGGAAAACGUAACUCCAGAGGUGACUUCAAGGGAACAAGUGGUAUCCCCACCUGUGACAUCAGAAACCCCAGAUGAGCCUCCAGAGGCUGAAACCUCUCGCAGUGUUCCUUCUCCACUCAAUUUAGAAGAGGUUCAGAAGAAGGUUUCUGAGCAGACCCACGUUAAAGAUGAUAACUUAGCAUCAGCAGCAUCUCCUAAAGAUUUUGGGGUGGGACAGAGAGCAACACCACCUCCCCCUCCACCGCCUACCUACAGAACAGUGGUGUCAUCACCCGGACCCAGCUCUGGCGGUGGCACAGGAAGCACCAGUGGAUCGUCCUCUCCUGCUCGCCCUGCAACCCCAUUGACAUCCUGCAGCAGCACCACUCCUCCCCCUCCUCCACCUAGACCCCCAUCUCGUCCAAAAUUGCCGCCAGGGAAGCCUGGAGUUGGUGAUAUGUCCAGACCCUUUAGCCCUCCAGUUCACUCAUCAAGCCCUCCUCCAAUAGCACCUUUAGCUCGUGCUGAAAGCACCUCUUCCAUAUCAUCCACCAACUCCUUGAGUGCAGCCACUACACCGACAAUUGAGAAUGAACAGCCUUCCCUCGUCUGGUUUGACAGAGGAAAGUUUUAUUUGACUUUUGAAGGCUCUUCCCGAGGACCCAGCCCCUUAACAAUGGGUGCACAAGACACUCUGCCGGUAGCUGCAGCUUUUACUGAAACGGUUAAUGCAUACUUCAAAGGAGCAGACCCUAACAAAUGCAUAGUAAAAAUUACUGGAGAAAUGGUGCUGUCGUUUCCUGCAGGAAUUACUAGACAUUUUGCCAAUAAUCCUGCCCCAGCUGUUUUAAUGUUCCGUGUGACAAAUUACAACAGGUUAGAACACGUCUUGCCAAAUCCCCAACUUCUCUGCUGUGACAGUACACAGUCCGAUGCCAACACAAAAGAAUUCUGGGUGAACAUGCCAAAUUUGAUGACUCACUUAAAGAAAGUGUCUGAACAGAAACCACAAGCAACGUAUUAUAAUGUGGAUAUGCUUAAAUAUCAGGUGUCUGCCCAGGGUAUUCAGUCUACUCCACUGAACCUUGCAGUGAACUGGCGGUGUGACCCUACAAGCACUGAUUUACGCAUUGACUACAAAUAUAAUCUAGAGGCAAUGACUACACCAGUAGCAUUAAACAACGUGCAGUUCCUUGUUCCCAUAGAUGGAGGAGUGACAAAACUUCAAGCUGUGCUUCCACCUGCUAUUUGGAAUGCUGAACAACAAAGGAUAUUAUGGAGGAUUCCAGAUAUUUCACAAAAAUCUGAAAAUGGAGGUGUGGGUUCUUUGCUGGCACGAUUCCAAUUAUCUGAGGGACCAAGCAAACCUUCUCCCCUGGUUGUGCAAUUCACCAGCGAAGGAAGCACUCUGUCCAGCUGUGACAUUGAACUUGUUGGAGCUGGGUAUCGAUUUUCACUUAUUAAAAAGAGGUUUGCAGCAGGGAAAUAUCUGGCAGAUAACUAACAGAAGUUUAUGCAAGUAUGUGGAAAAUCCAUAUAGCUGAGGACUGCUGUGGAUGGACGGGUUUUAUAUGCUGUUUGAGGAAAAACUAACUAAAUCCUGUACUUGGGAUAUUUCUCUUGGAAAUGUCAGCAACUUUCAACACUUCUCCCUCAGAAAACUACGUUGACCAGUCCUACAGUAUUUACUUCUAGAUGUAAUAUUGUUAAUGUUUUAAAUUGUAAUUAUUGUAUUUGUAAAUUGUACUCAUUCCAGUAAGGCUGUAUUUUGGCAGUUAGACACUUGAGUUUUAGCAUUUUACCAUUCAUGAAAUGGGUGUAAUUUAAACUGUGGUAUAUAAAUUUAAUAGUAGUACUGUUGAAUGAAUGGCACAAUGCUUUCAGAGGUAGAUAACAUUUUGUCAAGAUAUACAAUUUGAAUACAAUGCUAAUAGCUGUGAGAAAGGGGGUGCCUCGAAAAGGAAGUUAACUAGAAACCUGCAAAGGCAUAUGAUUUUUCUUUAGUCUUUAUUAUGUCAUAUAAAUAGUUCCAAAUAAACUGGUCUCUCUUUAAAUAUACUGCUAAUUUAACUCCAGACCAUUUCAAUAAAUUUUGAGGUGGUUAUAUAACUUAUUUCCCAAAAUGAAACAAAUGUGAAUUGUUUUCACUUUUAACACUUUUUCAUAUUUUCGCCAUAUCAAUAUCAGCGUUUCCCAAGAAGAUUUCCACACCCCCCCCGCCCGAUAAACUAUUAGAAGUGCCAGCUAAGAUGAAGCAUGUACGGAAAUCACUUUUAGUUCCUUUUCAGUAGUCUGACCCAAUACAGAUGGGGAGAUCGAGAGCACCAUCCACUAGAAACUUUCUCAUGAUGCAAGCCCUAUUGAGACAAAAAUGAAAGCACAGGCCGUGAAGCAGUUCCAGUUACUUCAUUAAGGCUUGCACAGGAUAAGCUUCUGGUGGGUGAUGCCCCAAAUAGGCAGUAUAGGACAUACAACAGCAACUCAAUAUUUCUCUUUAUGACUACAAAGAGAUAUUGGGUUUUAUUUCAGCAAGUCUCUUGUUUUGCAAGCAUGAUUGCUUAUUUUUUUUACAAUACUAUUAGCAUGCAGAUUUCUUGCUCCAAAAACUUUGCAUUUCUUUUUCAGUCCGAUUCUAAGAUAGAUGAGGGGAGGAAAACCUCAUUCUAUCAAAGGAUGCACACCCACAGCAGCUCUGCUCUCACUUCUGAAGUGGUGUAUGUGUGUAGGUGGGAUUUUCAUCGCCCUGGAAGUGUUCUGAGCAAUAAUGUUCUUGUGUAGCAAUCAGAGAUGCAACUGCACAUUGUUCAGAGCAUGUCUACGGCGAAAUGGAGAUAAGUGAAAAUUAUCUUCCCAUGCUCAGACACCUGUGCUUCAGAAACAAGGACACACCCACUGUGGGCAUGAAUCCUUUGGCUGCAUUUACACAGCUUUAGUCAGGACUAUAUAUCACCACCACCACCCAUAUAAAGGUUUGUAGCUUGAUAGACAGAAUUAUUGGCUGAAAAGCUCUCAAGCUAAGGAGAAGAGAAACCCAGAGUUUUUGUGGCAGAACUGAUUGCAGAAUCAUCAAUAGUUCAGCUCUUCUUAAAAUAACCAAUUAUGUUUUGCUUAAAAAAAUGUUUAGGCUUCAAGUUUCUAAUCAGUUGUGAAGUAUAUCUUAUACCUAUCAUGAAUAAGAGCAUAGCUUUUAAAACAGGGAUUCUCAAACUUGGGUCCUCAGGUGUUAUUGGACUUCAACUCCCAUAAUCCCCAGCCUCAGUGGCCUUUGGUUGGGGAUUAUGGGAGUUGAAGUCCAAUAACACCUGAGGACCCAAGUUUGAGAAUCACUGUUUUAAAACAACAACAACAAAAAAGGUCAAAUGCCCCCACAUGGCUAAAAUGAUUGUUAGGUAUUCAUAGACAAUGUUGUUUUAGUUCUGUGGCAUUUGUGCAUUUGGCAGUUACACUUGCAGUAGGAAUUAUAGUAGGAGCUCAGAGGGAGAACCAUGAAAAGGCACAGUGGAGUUGUGCAGAGAGUCAUGAGACUAGUGGAUAGUAUCCAUAUGGCUUUUUGUGUGCAUACAACUAGUAUUUUUGUAAACUGAGGUCUAAAUAGGUUGGCAUCCAACUGUCUCAUUUGCAUGUGAAAAUGGCUGUGCUUGAGAAGCAGCUAUAUCUGCAUGAAAACAAGCAGACAAGAAUAGAGGCUUCCCUGGAAAUCUGGCCCUGUCUCUUCAGAAAUAAGCACAGGAAGACUAUGUCUUAGAAUUAUAGCAGCUGAAAUUCUGCCUAUACCAGAAGGGAGAAAACAAUGGAGAUAAUUCCACUUGUUAUGGGUCUUGGAUUAGAAACCUGAGGAACUAAUUUGGGCAAAGUAUAAUGCACAACCAGAAACCCUUGUACCACUGAUAAAUAUGUAAAUGUUUAUUUUGUGAAUUGCUAGAACUCUGCAUGGUUUAAGAUGGAAAACUAAGCUUUGUCUUCUACUUUGCAUUCUAAAAGGUUGCACUGUUAGAAGUGUAUCUGAUCCUUUUGUGUGAAAGUAAAAUUGGCCUGCUUAUGGCACCUAGUGACAUCCAUUGUUGCGAGGCCCAUUACAAAACUGGAAUGACAGAAAGCAAGUUUUGCUACAUUAAUUUUCAUUUGAUUCUCAAGCAUUCCAGUUACCAGGACGUCCCACAGUUUGGAACUUUGAGAAAUGUGUGCAAGUUCUAAUGCAAAAUUUGAACUCUCAAAGCUCUAAUGAUAUCCUUCAUGUCAAAAUUCAGGUUUGAAUUAAAAGCUUAAUUUCACAAACAGCACACAAUUUAUACACCUGAAAAGUAUUUAUUUACAAGUCAACUUUAAAUGAUAGAAAGAAAUGCAUCUUUCAAAAAGAAUACUAAGAGCAAGUAAAAGAGCCUGUAAAUAUUUGAACUCUAAUUAACUCCAGAGAUAAAUAUGUUCAAACCUAAUAAAUUUGUCACAUGCAUAGCAUGGCGCUAUACCCAACUCAAUAUCAGGUAGAUGUACAGAUUCUCAGAACAUUAGAACACGAUCAGAUGAAAAGGGCUUUUUUGUUUUCUCUGAUUUAGAAAGUAUAGGCUACCUACAGUUGUAGUUCCCACAUUUAACCCAAUUCACAGUCAACUUGUCCUCGAUGCAUAUUUAAGUUCUACCUCCCAUGUGCUGCAGGGUGUCCAGUGUCAGCUUCUGCCAGUCCUGGAGAUCUCUCCACAUACUCCCACACAGAACUGUUGAAAGUGCUGACCCACCACCAUUGCAUCUGUUGAAAGAGGAAAUGAAUAUCUGUCCAGUCAUUUUAUACAUAUGAACCCCAACCAAUUUCUUUACCCAGACGCUUGUAGUAAAAGCAGCUCUUGUACAAGCUUCAUUUGUAUUUCUGUUUUACGACAAACAGUGAAUAUGCAUAGUAGCCACAGGCUUAACCAAGAACUUUUAACUGAAUAUUGAUCCACACUCUAGGUUUAUUGAAAUAUCGACCACAUAAUGUAAGAUAGGUGACUCAUUAAAAUCAGAUGCUAAGCAUUUGUCCUAGCAAAGGAGAGCAUUAAGUGAGAACAUUAAUGUCACUUUGAACUUGAUACUAACUUGCACUCUGAUUCUGGAUCUGUUUGUUUAGAAGUAAGUGUUGUUGCUUUUAAUGGCACUUACUUCCAAGUACAUGUUUUUAAGAUUGUGGCCUUACAUAUAAAAUCUGGAUCACAAAUAUCUAUUGGAUCAACACAGCAAAAGGAAAUAGUUUGCAAAAUAAAAAGGGCAUUCUAAAACAAUUUUUCUAAUGCCGCAACAGCAAGGCAAUAACCGGCACAGGAUAACCACUGAUGGCUGGAAAUCUAUUCCUUCAGUACUGUUCUGUGCACAUCAUUUUUCUACUAGCUAAAACAUAGUCUCCUGAAAUGAAGGCACUAGCUUAUACUGGUGCAUAACCUUUGGUACUUCUGAAGAGUCUCAGCCUAAUUAUUUGUAUAGAAUCUUCAAGACUCCAGUCUUGCUAAGGAACUGACAAGAGGGCAUCUUGUAGAGGAUUUGUACCCAGUUCAGAAAAGAAUAAUUAAGUUAUAUUCUGCCCAUCUUAACUUUUCAUAUUUGCAUUGUAAGCUAGAUAUGACUGAAGAAAGGACUGAAGAAUAUCCGAGCCAGCUGUCAUGAAUACAUUUGGGGGGAGUAUAUAGAAUCAAUGUUUUGCUACUAACUGCUAAUUAAUCCUUCUCCUGGGUGUUUUUCACACUGGGCUUUUAUCUCACAUCUCCUCCAGAAUGGAGGGUGUGCAUUCAUGUAAGCCAGAUUUACCCCAAAGUCUCUGAAAGCUAUCAGGGAGCACUUCACACACGAUUCAUGUUUUCAUUGUGUGUUAAGAGUGUAGCCCAAUUUAUAUCCAAGGUUUAAAAAAAAAUCCACUUUUUGCUUGGGUUUUGGAGGGCAACUUCAAACCCUCAUUAAAGCCUCGCAUUAAACUCGUGUUAAAGCCUACUGUGUGAAAAACAUCAUGAAGGCUAAUUCAAGAAGGCCUUCAAUUUUAUAAAUACUGUAAAAAAAAAAAGGAUUCAAAAACACAGCAUGCCCUUCAAGCAAGCCAUUAAAUUGGAAGCACAUAUUCCUAUUGCAUGCAAAAUCUCUAGGAGGAAGGAAAACAGUAGUUCUUAAAUGUGUUAAGUCUACUAUCUUUUGCACACUUGGGAGUAAGCCCCACUGAAAUCUGUGAGACUUGCUUCCAUAACACAUACCCAGGAUCUGGCUGUAGGUUUUCUAAAAUAAGAUUAUAACAUUAAUUAUUCUUAUACAAAAUUGAGAUUACAUUUCCUGUAAAGAAAUCCAAGGGUUGGAUGAGAUGACCCCAUUCUCUUCAUAAGACCUACUGCAUGAAGAGGAACUAGCGUGUGCCUCCCCAGCCCCACCUUCAUUGCCCCCACAAGGACAGAUUUUCCAGUGUUGGCUUAUGCAUGAUUGAUUGCCAGAGGGUUUCCCCCCCAGGGGACUGACCUUGUGGUUUUGGCCUAUGCAUGUAGGACUUUAAGUCAUCUUCUGACAUUUCAUCCUUACAGCAAUGUGUAGGGUCAGUGAAGGAGCUCCAACUCCUCUCCAUACAAUGGAUCAGAUCUCGGGGGAGGUAUCAUUCAUUCCUGCCCAGGUUUAUAAACCAUUAAUCAAAAUCCAGCUUGUUCAACACAAUUAGUGGAGUGUCUGGUCUCUUUUUUAAUGCACUAUCACAUGCAAUAUAUAGUUAGCCAUUUAGAUUUUAGUGAGCCCCCCCCCACUUUUUUAAAAAGCAAAACAAUAUAUCUUUUCUUGUCAAUCAAUCAAUCAGGAUUUUGCUUUCAUGAUGUAAUGCAGGGAUAUUUAUUUAAUUCAUGGUUCUUUGUAGCAUAACCACUGCAUUUGAACUUUUUCAUUUUAGAAGCAAACAAGCCAAUAUUUUUGUUCUUAGUACUAUGCCAUACACUACCAUCUUUGUCAGCCAUACCUUUUGCUAUCUGCUGUGGCAGAAGAGCAGAACACUCUGCCAUUUCACAUCAACUUUGUUCGGUUUAAUUAUUCAGGAUGAUCUUAAUAGCUAUACACAUUCUUCAGUGCUCAAACUACUAUGAAACAGUACCUUAAAGUUAGUGUCACGCCUUUUAAAAAUCAUUCCUCGAUACAUUCCUUUGACAUGAAAAUGCUUGACCUAAAAAAGCAUCACCCGAUAGGAAGGGGUGAGGGUUUUAAUGUGUUGCUUAUGAGGUCUAGGCAUUUCAAAAAAAAGUAAGUAUUGCUUUUUACUUGGUACAUGGUCUUUGGUGCAUAGACUAUAUAUGUGGUGGACAUGAGUGAACCUUGAGCUUACACUUGCCCUGCCUUUACUGCAUGUAGAAUGUCACAUGUGGCAUGGUGUCAUCCAUAUGUAUGUAUGCCUUGCUCACACUAUAUACCCACUCCAUUUUGUGGUGGGAAGCUCCUCACAUGUGGGACACAUAGGUGUGUACAGAUGUACACACACACACACACACACACACACACACCCCUACACAGAUGUGUGUAUAGAAACUCACACACUACAACAGUGUAAAUACUGAAUACUAUACACAUUGGGGGGGCACAUCUGAGCCUGAGAUUUGCUCAUGUGCCCUCUCAUGUAUCAUGUCUGUAUCCCAGCAGCCUAUGUGAACAAGUUCCAUCUUUCAAUUAUAUCUUAUGAGAUGUGAACUCUAGUUUUUAAAGAAGUUAGCUCUAAUUCUUUGGGUUUUUAUUGUAAAUAAUUUUCCUUGGAAGAAUACUGAUUUCUUAGGAAUAAGCCAAAGUAAGCACCAUUGGCUAAGGUAUCCACAUUUUAAAUUAGGAUGACCCUACAAUGUGUUUGCUGAAAUUUUGUCUGCCCAGAAAUAUGUAUGUUUGUGUCAUUUAUAGGCCAUUUUCCCAAUAAAUGGUUCAAGGUGGAGUACACAAUUAACUAUUUAAGAGGCAAGUUUUCAAUUGACCAUGGAUCAUAACCACUUGGUUCCAUGAAUACACAACUUUUUUGUUGCCACCUACUAGUCAGGGAAAUUAUAUCUGAGAAAAUCCUUUUAAAAACUGUAAAAUGCAACAAACCUAGCUCUAUUAUUUUCCUUCCAAAACUGCUAUACUUAAAAAACACUUUUAGCAAAACUCUCACAAACAUUCUGAAAAAGCUAGCUACUAGAGUGCACUGAGGUAUCAAAUAAUUGUGCAAAUGAUAUCUUUUGACCAGCCUCCAUAAUUAAGUGUACUGUAUUUACAUGUAUGCAAUAAGGAAAAGUUGGACCUGAAACUGUUUUACCCUAAAAGUGGAAAACAGAUUUAUUUAUUUUUUUGAAAUGUGAUGCUUUUGCUCUAUAAAUUUGAAAAAAGAAAAGCAAAUGCUGAUGACAAUGGCCCAAUCGAAAUCACUGCACGGUGAGCAUCUUCUGAGCCUCCCUGCAACUUUUUCCAAAAUCAGCGUCAUGCACUACCAGAUAAGCUACCCCUUUAGUGGAGGGGGCAUGUCACAAGUGGCCUCUCCAACAUGGCACAAAAAGCCUUCUGUUGGAAACAAAAAUUACCCUAAGAACCCUGCUGUGCGAACGCUAACUCUUGCACCAACCAAAUGGGACUCUCUGGAUCCCAAUCAGUUCAUGCGCUAAUCUUGAACAAGUUGCAAAGAGGGAGACACCUCUUUAAUUACCCCAGUGUAAAUGUUUUGAUGGUGCUUUCUGAGAUUCUUCUAGCACGAGAAUUACAUGAACAAUCACUACUAUAUCUUUUUUAUGAACAACAUUUUAAAAUGGCUGGAUCAUGAUGAAAGGCAUCAAUAUUUUUAAACAGCCUGACAAGAAAAUUGAAAUAAUUCUUUUACUUAAAGGUUUCAAAUAACUGCGGUGACAGCUUCCCUGUCAUCUCAUUCCUGUUCCUCAAUUUUCUACCUUUAAAGUAGCUUAAUAAGAAAAUCAGCAUUUCUCUCUGUAUACAACUUUAUUAGAAUUAAGUACAUUAUAGCUCUGCAGAUAUAGAUAACUCUGGAAAAGCUCAACUGUUUUUUAAAACUAAACAGUACAAAAUGCUGUCAGUCAAAUGUUCGAGAUAUACUUGGGUGACGAGUCCAUUAAAUAUGUUGAAAUGUAAACUUAUUUGUUGAUUUUAAAGUACAUUAUUUGACAUGCUUUUCCUUUUAAAUUAUUCAUUUUGAAGCGUAUAAUGAUAACCAAAAUGUGUAAUUACUUUAAAAUGCAAUAUCACCAUAAAUAAUAUUUCUUCUGUGAGGAAAAUUCCAGCCUUUGUCUAUUUCAAACCUGGAAUGGUUUCCAUGCAAGUUUACUAUAAGAGUCAUUUUUAGUGACACUUGACAUCUUUUGCUGGUCAGUAUUUUGCAACAUUAAAUGUGGUUAGAAAUAAACAAUAACACACAGCAACUGAUCUCUUUCUCAGUCUUCAGAAAGAAUCAUAGUUGUUGCUCCUAGAUUCUUAAUUUUUAUUUCAAGUGUCAAUUUGGAUGGUGUUCAAAGGUUUACACAUGAGCAGGAUUUCACAACAGGCCAAGCAGUAUGUGCAAGUCUAGAAUUUGCCUUUUAGUGAUAUGGGGAAUGUUAAAAGUAAAUAAAUUGUAUCUCAAAUUAGUGUGUAAAAGAGAUACAGCUAACUCUUACUAGAGAUGUGCAUUAAACAAAUUUUAUGAUUUGUUUCAAGCUUGAAACGAAUAGCAAAAUCCUCAGAUUCAUCAAAAGAGUGGCCAAAGCCGACUGUUUCAACAAAGCAACCUCAAAACACUCAAUGUUUCAAGUGUUUUGAGUGCUAUUUUGAGACCUAUUUUUCUGAGGAGAGCUGAUCUACCAAUUGGGGUAAGCAGGUAGAAAAGUCCACUGUGGCAGUCCGAUGUGCUAUCUAGGACAGAGGCCUAGUCUACCCAUCUCACGUGGUGGAUAGACCAGCUCUCUACUCCAAACUUAGUGCAUUGGUCCACCUAGAAGGACUGGUCUACCUUCUGACCUCAACUGGUAGACCAGCUCUCCUCAGAAAAACAGACCUCAAAAUGGCACUCAAAAUGUUUUGAGUUGAAAUGGGGCUGUUUCAUUUCGAGAUCAGAACAGGCCUGUUAUUUUAAGAGUGUUUUGUUUCAAGCUCGAAACACUUGAAAUGGCCAGUUUUGAGCUUGAAUUGAUUCAAGCUCAAAACAAUUUGCACAUCUCUCACUUUUACCUCCAAAUACAUUGUUUCCCAACUGGACACCUAAGAACUCAUUAGCAGUGCAUUUUCAGAAAGUAAUUUAUGUCUAAUGGCAGAGAAAUUGUUUGUUUGUGGUGCAUGUUUUUAGUUUACAGGUUCAGACAAACUAAAAAGCUAAACCCCAACCCUAUCAAACGGCUGUGCACAUGUUUUCAAAGGCACUAUGUACUUGCAUGCAAUUAAGCAUGUGUAUAAGCAUUUGCAGGCCUUGAGUCUUAAUUCUCUGCUAUUAUUUCAACCCUAAAAUAAAUUUCAGACCUGAAUUAGAUCCCCUGUGUUUUCAGAUAUCAAACAAUAUCAUUUUAUAUUUUGAAAGACCUUGUGUAUAAACUGUUUAUAGAUAUUUGUGGACUUAAAAUAUACAUGUAUAUUUUUAAACAUGUAAGUUUAAAAGUCUGGACUUCUCAGUCUGUGUGUGCAAUGAAAUAUACUGUCCCUUUAGUCUAGUUGGCCCCGUUUACUGCUUAGUCUGUGAUGAAAGCUUUGCUGCUAACCUGACGGUCUGAGAGGAACAUUGCAAACUAUACAGUAUAAAAGGUUUGCUGCAUCAGAAACUCUGCAGCAAAGCUUUGUAUCUGAAACUGGUACCCACUGGUAACAUGAAUGUGUUGUAUUGACUUGUUGAAGAUAAUCAUAAAGCCACAUAUUUUCGAUGUUUCUUUCCUUAUAGAUUAGAAUACAAAUGUCUAUUUUUUUUGUAAAUAAUGAUUUUUAUAAAUGUAGUUCCUUCAUGAUUUCCCCCAAUCAUCCAUUUCACAAAAUCCUGAAUAUGCAAUUAUUUAUCAUACAUAUUAUACAACAAAUAGGGUCCCAUUUCAGAGCAAAGUUUAUUAAAUUCUAUACAUAGGAACAAAAUGAAAUAAUAAAUAAGUUGUAACUGAAAUGUGAUUUUGCCCCUUGAAAAUAAAUAAGAAAUCUAAAAUUAC